GGCACGAACUCUAUCAAAAAUGAUGAAGUCUUCGGUUCCAUCUCUUCUGAUCGUCUCCCUUGUGAUGUCCCUCAACAGCUACACCCAACAGGUUCUUUACUGCCCACCUGACUCUGCUCCAGAAAAUAUCACGGAGUUUGUCUGCAACUCCCCAUCUCUCCAUGAAUUUCCCACCGGUUUCCCUGUACGAGCCAAAAUAAUCUCCGUUGAGUUCACCCAGGUCUCCAGCCUUGGCGUGGAAGCCCUCCAAGGUCUUCCAAACCUCCAAGAACUUCAUCUGUCCAACAACAGGCUGAAGACCCUUCUGAGUGGCCUCUUCCGUAACCUCCCAGAAUUGCACACCCUGGAUCUGUCCACCAACCUCCUGGAAGAUCUACCUCCAGAGAUCUUCACCAGCGCAACGAACCUGACGCUUUUAUCCAUCAGUGAAAACCGACUGGCUGAACUGCGCCAAUCCUGGUUCGAAACCCUGAAGGAGCUAAGGAUCCUGAGCCUUGACAACAAUCAGCUGAAGGAGGUCCCAAUUUCUUGUUUCGAUAAGCUGGAGAAGUUGACUUUUCUAGAUCUCUCCUCCAACCGCCUCCAUCGCCUCUCUCCAGACAUGUUCAGCGGCCUAGACAAUUUGGAGAGGCUGAGCCUGGAAAACAACCCAAUCCGAUGUAUUGCUCCGAGAUCCUUCCAUUGGAGACCCAAGCUGAGCAUCCUCUCCCUGAAGAACUGCAGCCUGACCGACAUCAUAAUUGGAGUCUUUCAGCCAUUGGACCAUCUGGUGCUGCUAGAUCUCUCCGACAACGAGCUCACCAUGCUGGAUCCUCCGGUCGCCAUCCCGUCUGCAAAUCUCAGCCUCGAUCUUACAGGAAACCCCUGGGCGUGUGACUGUCGCAUGGACAAACUUCUAACCUGGGUCAAGGAACACAAGAUCCAUUUAUAUUCCAAGCAGGAAAUUGUCUGUGCUUUCCCCAAGAGUUUCAAGGGUGAAGUGGCAACCUCGCUUCAUAGAUCCCAAAUUUGUCCCUGGUCAUGUGGAAAUGGGAGCAACCUGAGGCCCAGGAUGAAGCCUUCAGCUCCACCUCUUCUGAUCGCCUGCCUUGUGAUGUCCCUCAACAGCUACACCCAACAGGUCCCUCACUGCCAGCUACUUUUCGGCUCAAAAAAUAGCACGGGUUUUAACUGCAACGAUUCAUCACUCCGCGAAUUUCCCACCGGCUUCCCCACUGAAACCACAACCAUCUCCGUUCAGUCCACCCAGAUCUCCAGCCUUGGUGCGGAGGCCUUGAAGGGUCUUCCGGAGCUCCAGAGUCUUUAUCUGUCCAACAACCAGCUGAAGACGCUUCCGGAUGGCCUCUUCCGUAACCUCCCACACCUGCACUCCCUCGAUCUCUCGGGAAAUCUCCUGGAAGAUCUAGUUCCAGAGCUCUUCAAAAAUGUAGGUAGCCUGGCCUACCUAGCGCUCAGUAGAAACCAGCUGGCCGAACUGCGUCCAUCUUGGUUCGAAACCCUGGAGGACCUCAAGAAGCUGCAUCUCGACCACAAUCGGCUGAAGGAGAUCCCGACUUCUUGUUUCCGUAAGCUGACGCUGCUGCUGUCGCUGGAUCUCUCCUCCAACCUCCUCCGUUGUCUCUCUCCGGAGAUGUUCAGAGGCCUCACAUUUUUAACGGUUUUAAAUCUGAAUAACAACCCCAUCCGGUCUAUCGCCCCCAACACCUUCCGUGGGACUCCCACGCUGUGGAUCCUCUCCCUGAGUAACACCGGCCUGACCCACGUUCCGGCUGGGCUCUUUCAGUCCUUGAAACAACUGGGGCGAUUGGAUCUCUCCGCCAACGAGAUCACCUCUCUGGAUUCUCCCUUGGUCAACGUGACUUUCGCGCUCACUCUCGAUCUCUCCGGGAACCCGUGGGCGUGUGACUGCCGCCUACAAGCUCUCUUAAACUGGGUCCAGAAAGACGGCGUGGAUUUGUUCCCCAACGAGAACGUUGUCUGCGCUUUCCCCAAAAGUCUGAAGGGUCAAGUUGUAACUCCGCUUAAUGGAUCUCAACUUUGUGCCUGCUAAAACCUUCGAGACGGAUCUUUUCCCAACUUGGCUCAGCUGGCGUGCUGCAAGAUGGGUGGGCUUCAAUUCCCAGAAUGCCUCAGUCACCAUGUAUGGACUUCCAACUCCCAGAAUUCCCAAGCUGGCAUGCUUUAAGAUGAAUGGACUUCAACAUCCAGAAUCCUCCAGUCACCAUGUAUGGAUUUCAACUCCCAGAAUUCACAAGCCAACAUGCUUUCAGAUGAUUGGACAUCAGUUCCCAGAAUCCCCCAGCCACUAUGCAUGGACUUCAACUCCCAGAAUUCCCAAGGUGGCAUGCUUUAAGAUGAAUGGACUUCAACAUCCAGAAUCCUCCAGUCACCAUACAUGGACUUCAACUCCCAGAAUUCCCAGGCCGGCAUAUUUUAAGAUAGGGGGCUUCAACUCCCAGAAUUCCCAAUGAGCAUGCUGUAAGAUACAUUUAAAAGAAUGAAAGAGGGAAAAAGCUGUAGAAAGCCAGUCAAUAAAAGAAAAAAAAAACCACACCAGAUAAUUAAACAUGAAUCAGAAAAAUUAA